AUGGCUGCCGCCAAACGGAAGCUGCGACAAGUCCUGACGAGUGCGGAGUUUGCUCGCAUCAAAUUCCUUGUGGGGGACAUCCAGCAACUUAAUCGAGAUCAUGCCCUUCUGCGAGACGGAUUCAACUUCAUCGUCUGCUGCGGAGUGUUGCAUCAUCUGGCAGAUCCAUCUCUGGGGCUGCAACGUCUCGCAUCAUUGCUCGUUCCAGACGGUGUUCUCCAGCUUGCUACGUACUCCACAUUCAGCUUCCAAACGUGGCGGCCGCAAGUCGAGGCUUGGCUGGAGAAGCUGCCAGCUGCCCGGCAGAUACUGCCAGGUUCCAGGACGCCCUCACGCCCAGAGGUGCGUGCUUUGCGCCGUGAAGUGCUGGCUGCUCCAAAGGAGGAUCCGGAGUCGAAAGAGGCCCGGGAGAUGUUGAUCCACUUCCCUGAGUUUUUCACCUAUUCCGGAUUGCUCGAUCUCCUCUUCCACCCGGCUGAGAGGACGUUUACUCUCCGCGAGCUGCUGGAGGGGCCCGUUGCGGCAGCAAGGCUGUCGCCGCUGGGCGUGUUCUUCCUUGAUGUCAACACCGAGCUAGUAGCACGGCGCAGUUUCGCCAAACGCUUCACAAAGGAGCCUGAUGUGAAGAUGGCAGAUCUUAGACUGUGGCACUCGUUGGAGGAAGAGGAGCCAGAGAUUUUCGGCCGAAUGCAUGGAAUAUGGUUGGUACGUUCCAGACUCAACAAACAUAUCGCGCCUGCUUUUACAGAGACACGCUGUCAAUGCACCAUAUGUUUAAAGAUUCUGUUGUUUACAGCCCGACCGAUUGAGGCCCUUGCGACGUCGAGUCAGGCGAAGCAAAGCGCGCACGGAAAAGCAUGCUGUCUUCCUUGUUUAGGUACUUGUCUGUUUUGUGUAUUAUCUACGAAUGGGGCCGUGUCAGUUGCUCAAAGCUCUGUGGCGGCAGCGAAAGGCCAGUGA